AUGGCCAGUGAAACUCUUGCCAUCUCAACAUCUUAUCAUAAACCUGUACCAUCUUGUCGAAAAUCAAAACUGGAAACUACAAAAGUUCGUAGUGAAGAUGAAUUACUUAAAUUUUUCUUACACGGUUCUUAUGAUGUACAACGAGGUCAUAUGAAUACUUGUCAAGUUGAAGAAAAUAAUGAUAAAAUACUAUGUAUCAAAGAUGAAAUAACAAAUAUUUCAAAUUUGAAUAUUGACGAUAAAAAAGCCAAAUCUCGUUGUAUGUUUGAAGAAACUUAUAUGAUUAAUAUAUCAGUUAAACAACCUGAUACAACACCAUCAUCAAAACAAAUUGAUGUACGUAUUGAAAAAGCACCAUCAGAUAUACCGAUUACAAAUGAAAAAAUCGAUGAUGUUGAUGACGAUGAUGAAAUUUCAAGUAUUUUUGAUGAAGAAGAAAAUGAUGAAGUUGAUAGUGUUAUAUUUAAUGACAUGAACUCAUCAGCAUCAGAAACUCCAUCAACAAAAUUAACAUUAGCUGAUAUGAUCAAUAAAACAUUAACAACAAUACCAACAACGUCAUGUGAAAAUCUUAAUAAAUUAAAUAAAAAUAAUAAUUGGUUUAUUGAACAACAAAAUGAAAAAAAAACACGACCAACAAAUGAACAUAUUAUUCCAUCAACAAAAACAGUUGAACAAGUCAUUAAAACACCUCCUUCUCCUCCGGCACCUAAUUCAUUGCCAUCAAUUAUUCAAACAUCAACUUUAACAACAAAUAUAAAUGAAGAUAAAAAACUUUUUGAAUAUCUUGAUUAUCUUGAAACAAAAGACGAUACAAAUCAACCUAUACAAUCAUCAACUAUUCCAACAAAAAUUUCUAAACCAACACCAUCUACUAGCAAAGUUCCAUUAAAACAAUAUCAACAGGAACCAAUACCAAUUAUUGAUCUCGAACAACUUUGUCGUUCAUUAACUGUUAGUGAUUUAAAAGAUGAAUAUAUAAGAAAAAAAAUUUUUGAAUUAAAAAUAUUAAUUGAUGAACGACAUAAAAAACAUAAAAAUCAAAUACCAUUAGUAAAACCACGAAAAGAUAAUCUACCUAUUCUUAUUGCUAUGCCACCAAUAGUACAACAACAACGACGUCGACCAAAUGUUAUUCAACCAACAACAUUAUUACAAUCGAAAACGGUUAAUUUACAAGUACCAUAUAAUCCAAAUUAUCAUGAUAUGGUUUCAAAUUUUACAACUAAACUUUCUUCAUCGUCAAAUAAUCAACAUUAUACACGACAUCAAACACCUUCAACAAAAUAUAAAGUGUAA